AUGCCCUCCUACGCCAUCACCACCUUCCGCUUCGACCAGCCCUCCAAUGCCUUCGUCAGGACGUCGGCCGACCGCGAGCUGGGAGCCAACGAGGUGCUCGUCAAGACGACCCACAGCGGCCUCUGCUACACCGACGUCCAUGCGAAGCACGCCGCCAAGGGCUGCGGCCUGGGCCACGAGGGCGUCGGCACCGUCGUGCGCGUCGGCACCCAAGUGACGGACCUGACGCUCGGCCAGAGGGUCGGCUGGGGUUGGCUGCACCAUUCCUGCGGUUCCUGCGAGUGCUGCGCCGAAGGCUACCCGCAGUACUGCGCCCAUUCCUGUGGCUUCGCCUUCGGAGAGCUGGACCAGGGCUCCAUGGGCGACUACGCCAUCCGUAGCCGUCCCUUCGUGCACCCCAUUCCCGACGACGUGCCCUCCGAGUCGGCCGCUCCCCUGAUGUGCGCCGGCGCGAGCACCUUCGAAGCCCUUAGCGCCGCCGACACCAAACCAAGCGAUAGGGUCGGCGUCGUCGGCGUCGGCGGGCUGGGACACAUGGCCAUCAUGUUCGCUGCGCGCUGGGGAUGCGCCGUCACCGCCAUCUCCAACCACGAGGCCAAGAGGGCCGACGCGUCUAAGCUCGGUGCCGACGACUUCAUCGCCUUGGACACGCUCCGCCAGCGAGGACGGGCUGCGCCUGAUGGCUCGUCCAUCAACGUGCUCCUGCUGUGCUCCAACCGCGUGCCUGACCUCGAGCUGCUGCUGCCGCUGCUGGCGCCGAGGGCUCGCAUCGUCUUCAUGACCAUCCAACAAGACCCUGUCCACAUUCCGUACAUGGCCUUCGUCCUGCCCGGCCACAAGAUCAUCUCGUCGACCGAGGCGUCGAGGAAGACUUAUGCUGAGAUGCUUCGCUUUGUCGGCCGGCAUGGCAUCGUGCCGUGGAUCCAGAGCUUCCCCAUGACUGAGGCUGGGGUGGCUGACGCCUUCGCGACGCUGGAGGAGGGGAGGAUGCGAUACCGUGGAGUGCUCGUAGCUCAGGACUAA